AUGAGCGGCUACUCCCUAAUCUCGCAGAUCCUGACGGAGGCCGAAAUCGCCGAGCUGGGCCUACACGGCAGCGUGAUCAAGCACUGCUCCUCCCCAUACAUCAUCGGAAAAAAGCACUUUAUAAAAAUCUGCGUGUACUACCUGCUCAGCACGUUCCUUUUCUUUGCAGUGUACCUUACCCUCACCAUCCUCCUGCUCACUAGCCCCACGACAGAGCUCAGUAAAACCAUCAUCCUGGUGAUUUACGUCUACAUUUUCGUUUUCUUUUACAUAGAUUUGAUUCUUAGCAACAGUUUGAAAUAUGAGUUGGUUAAGCGGUACAACCUGAAGGAGGUGCGCAGGAGGAUUUACGCCCGCUUUGUGGGGAGCGGCAAGGAGGGCAGCGGAAAGCAGGGAAGCGGCGUACUGGGGAGUAGCACUCCGGUGAGCAUCACACAGGGGAGCAGCGCACCUGGCAGUAGGGAGCUAGUAAGGGGCGAGGCCCCCCCGCGAGCGGGCAAGACAGCCAAAGCGAGGGAAAAAAAAAAGAAGAAGCUGUUUACCAGUGAGAAGUACUGCGUCGUGGAGGAGGAGCAGCGGCGGCAGCAGUGGCAGUGGCAGCGGCAGCGGCCACAGCAGCGGGGAAACCACUUCGGAGGGGCACCACCACCACCCGCGGGGGAAGAAGCGCUUUAUCACCUGGACGAACUAAAAAAUGUCAACGAGAGCAUCAACGGAGAGCUCAUGAAGUACAUCCAAUAUGAAAAUAAUAACUACACAAUAGACAGCCACCGAUAUGAUCUCUUCCUAAUCAUUUCUGGUUUUGUUAAUCAAUUAAAUAUAUUUUUUGAUUUGCUUUUCCUCUUCUAUGUGUAUGACUAUAGACUCCUCAGAGGGAUGCUCUCCGUGAGGGAGCGCAGCCAAAUGGUGGGCCCACCCCCGCCGAAGAUCUUCUUUAGCAAGUACGUCAGUUACAACAGCUGGAGUUUCGCCUUCCACCAGGGGGCCCCCUUCAAGGGGAACAAAGAGAUGUUGAAGAUGCUGCGCGGCUCAGAUUCGGACGACUCCCAGCGGGCGACGGCUCGCACGGUGCGGCUCAACAGGGGGAGGGAAAAGACGAAGAGAACGAAACGAAGAGGUGCUCUCGAUGGGUGUCAGCAGCGUGAGCAGUGUGAGCAGCGCGACCAGCCCGACCGACGUGACCUUCAUGACCAGACUGGGCGAAAAAUGCAACGCCCCAGGGAGGACUGCGAAAAGGCCCUCCGCCCCUCGCACGUCCAGACCAUCGCCGACAUGUCCUCCUUCCUCUCCCACUACCGCAUCUUGAACGUUAUUAAAAAUAAGUUCCUCUCCGCGCACAGCGUCUACGAGCACGUGAGCUUCACCCUGGUGUUCUUCGUCUGGAAACUCCUCUACAUGGACGUCGUCCUGUGCCUCCUAAAAAUCUUCAUCCUGUUCUACACCAGCGACGUGCUGGCCAUCGGCUUGUUCCUGGCCGUCGCCCUGGCCAACAUCGCCAGCUCGUACGUAAUUAACCUGGUCGAUAACAACUUGAUGAGCGACCUCGGCUCGAGCUAG